CCUAGCACUAGACCACAGGCCCUGCUUACAACAACGCUCCUUGGUGGGCUGCACCCAUGCCCGUACACCGUUACACACAAACACGUACACACAUCGCAUGGACGCUGUGGUGCUUUGGUCAAAUUUCAUUUUAACACUUUUUGCCCUGAAUCCUACCUACAAGGCCUCUGGAUCAGUUCCCUUCCCUUCCACUUCCCUCGGAAUCCUUGCAUUCACACUCGCCCCAUCACAACUGAUCCCACUCCAUUUGAGUCUUCCUCCCUCCCUCGCUUUACAUUCGCCCAGGACUUGCCCAACCGCCUUUAGCCGCGGACAGAUCUCACAUCUCCAGUUACACACAUAUCACACAGCAUGUCCAGUAAGUUCUGUUUACCGUUCUCGUCGUUUCAUAUCCAACCUUGUUCCCCCCCUCCUCCUCCUCCUCCUCCUCCUCCUUAUACUCGACAAUGACACCCAAUUGAUACCACAUCCAGGCACAAUCUGCUCGAAGAGUGCACAACUGGUAUUGUCAAACAACUCUGUCUCAUUUCUUUGUCAUGGGCUGUGUGGGCGUGCGAGCGUUCUUUCGUCGUUUCCUCGGAGAAUUGGAGGCGAUAGUAUGAUCAUCCCGCUGAAGUACAUACAGCCCUCCAUCGACGACUUUUCUUUAUUUAAUUUCACACCUUUUGGACUUGGCACAGCAUGUACUUUUCACUUUUCUGAACUGUCCUUGUCUACAGCCCAACAAUGACACAGGCAACCCAUCCAAAACCAUGUUUGUCUGUAUGUUGACUGUGUGCUGUCUGUUGUCUGCCUAUGUUUUGUUAUUUGAAUAUCCAAAGGGCAAUGGGAUUCUAAUUUUGGGCUUUGGAAUUUGUUGCGCAAAGUUAUUUUUAUCCCCGGACCAUUUUUUUACAAGAGACGCUCUUGUCCCUGUGCCGCGUUCUAUCCCAAUAUCCUAUAUCGUAUAUCGUAUAUCCUAUUUCCUAUCUGGGUCUCCUCGCGCGUGUAUUCCGCUCACCAAUGAGGUUUAU